UUUAACAGUUCCAGAGAUUUGACCAGAUUUUUGAAGAAUAUUAGAAUAGCAUUCAAAAAGCUAACGUGACCUCAAUCCUUGAUUACUCUUUAGUUCUUGAAUUUAGUAUCUUUUUAAUGAGAAUUUGGUGUUUUAUUAGUUUAUGCCUCGUAGACUGGUGUUUGGAUUUUCGCGAAUGAAGUCGAAUAUUUCGCGAAGACUUUUUACGUUGAUGAUGGAGGACACGAGCAGAUUGAAGAUACUCUGUUGACCUCAACCUCAGUAAUCAUGAGAUUCUCCAGCUUAAUAUUCAUUUCCAUUUUAUCAGCACUAUCAAUUGCAUCACCAGGUGAUAAUUUGUACAUAUUUGAGGAUUGUAACUCUGCUUGUGAAUCCAAAAUUUGUCAGACUUCAAGUACAUUUGAAACAAAUCAAUUCUUACAAUACGACUUUGAACAUCUUUCUCCAAUAUUAAGGUUACUACUAUGGGAUUGUCCUUCAAAUUGUGACUAUCAAUGUCAACAGUAUGUUACAAAUAUAAGGAUUGCAGAAGGUGAAGAGAUUCUACAAUUUCAUGGGAAAUGGCCAUUCAAAAGAAUCUUGUUAACACAAGAAUUUGCAUCUUCAUUAUUUUCAAUUUUGAAUUUCAUACCACAUUAUUUAAAUUUCAAGAAACUAUUGCCAAAAUACCAAAGAACACAAGGAAAUAAAAAAACAUUGUAUUUUAAUGUUUUAAUAGUUUCAUUAAUUACAAUGAUUGCAUGGAUUUGCAGUACUGUUUUCCAUAUUAGAGAUUUAAUAAUUACUGAAAGAUUGGAUUAUUUCUUUGCAGGCGCUACUGUAUUAAGUGGGCUACAUGCUUUGGUUAUUAGAGUUUUCAGAUUUGAUUUAAAUCAAGAGAAAAGAAUAUGGACAUCAAGAAUUUGUAUUCUGCUAUAUCUAUAUCAUUUCAUUAGAUUAAAUUAUGAUUGGUCAUAUACCUAUAAUAUGCAAGCAAAUAUCACAAUUGCCAUUUUACAAUAUGCACUUUUCAUUGUUUUAGCAUAUCAACAUUAUAAGAAAACACCUUCAAGAAAAUCGUUAUACAUCACACCACUAGCAUUGAUUGGAUCUGUUGGUUCUGGUUAUAUCAAUUCUUUUACGAAGAUAUUGAAAGUUUAG